AUAUUUCUUUAUUUUCGUCGCCGAAACCGCGUCAAGAGAAGUCGCAGUCGGAUCUCGCCGUAUAGCCUUGGCUCUGAACUACAUUUAGGUAGGUAUUUGGUACCAUGCUUCGCCGCCUGUAUCGAAACAUGGAACGGAACGGAACGAAAAAAAAUGUCCGCUGUGAAGUUACCAAUUAGUGCGUACUAAUCAUUAAAUUGUGCCAUAAUUUGUAAUUUGCUGAGAUCAAGAUCACCACAAUGGAAGAUUCGAUCGAACAUUUUUACGAUGGAAGGUCCGUAUUUAUUACCGGAGGGACGGGAUUUAUGGGUAAAGUACUCAUAGAGAAGAUACUCAGAUCUUGCCCUGGCGUAGAUAAAAUUUACGUUUUGAUCAGACCUUCUAGAGAGGGUAAAAGUCCAGACGAUAAAUUAAAGGAUGUGUUCGAUUUACCGCUUUUUGAACCACUGAAAAAAUCCCAUCCUAGUGAAAUAUUCAACAAAGUCAUUCCAAUUACGGGAGAUAUCAAGAAACUUGGACUUGGGAUAUCUCCAGAAGAUAGGAAAACGUUGAUCGACAAUGUUAGUGUCAUUUUUCAUGCUGCAGCUAGUGUCAGGUUUGAUGAUCCGAUACACGAGGCGAUUAUAAUCAAUACUAGAGGCACCAGGGAGGUGGUAGCGUUGGCCAAGGAGAUCAAAAAUAUUGCUGUCCUAGUUCACGUAUCCACCACUUAUUGCAACUGCUAUCGUAAAAUAGUCGAAGAAACGAUAUACCCAGCUCCGAUGAACUGGAAAGAAGCAAUAUUCAUGGCAGAAAAUUGCGAUCCUGUUUUGACCAACAUCUUAUCCAAAAAAUAUUUGGGAGCAUUUCCCAACUCUUACGUGUUUACAAAAAAUUUAUCGGAGAGUCUUUUGAAAGAAGAAUGUAAAGAUAUACCCACUGUUAUAUUCAGACCAUCGAUUGUGAUAUCUUCGGUCAAGGAACCAGUAUCAGGGUGGAUAGAUAAUGUGAAUGGCCCAGUUGGAUUCAUGAUCGGUAUCGGAAAAGGAAUUAUUCGAGUGACUUUUACAAGCAAAUAUACCAGACCGGAUUACAUGCCAGUGGAUAUUUCUAUCAAAGGGAUGCUAGUAGCAGCUUGGAAUAAGGCUACGGAAAAGGGUCCAGGAAAAAAAGAAAUCCUCAUCAUAAACAGUUCCUCCGGUUACAAAUCAAUCCAACAAUGGGAACUAGUCGAAAUAGGGAUGAAGUUCUCCGAUAAAUAUCCCCCGAUCGAUUCAUUAUGGCUUCCAGGAAUCUUAUUCACCACUGAUCCUACCUGUUACUACGUGAACUUGAUAAUCAAACAAGUCAUGCCAGCAAUUGUAAUCGAUUGGAUUUUAGCUAUAACGAAAAAGAAACCACUGCAUUUACUCAAAAUACAACGUAAAAUCUACCGAGCUUCGAUGGAACUUUCAUACUUCACGGCACAAGAAUGGUUAUUCAUAAACAUGAAUUUCAUGAAGAUACUCAAUUCGAUACCUUCUCAAGACAAAGAAGCUUUUGAUUUCGCUUUCGACGACAUCGAUCCUUGCGAAUACUUGAGAGAUGGCAUUAUCGGAGGCCAUAAGUAUCUGCUCAACACCGAUAUUACCUCUUUACCAGCAGCGGUCACCAGAGUAAAAAGGAUGGUAUACAUUCGUAAUACACUUCGAGCAUUAUUUUGGGGAUUUGUGAUGUGGUACAUUUAUAGUUAUUUUGCCUCCAACGAAGAAUAAUCAAGAGUACCUGCUUUACAGGCAUGUAUUCAGAUCUUCAGACAAGAGGGGAGUGAGUUGAAAAAAUCAUAAUUAAGUAUACUGAGAGCUUGAAGGCAUGAAAUUUGUUUUGUUUCUUUUUCAACUUUGUUAUAUUUUAUUAUUUUUUCGACAAAUUAGUUUGUUAGUUUUUUUAUUUUUUUCUCACGUUAGAUUGUACGAUACCUACCCUACUUUACGUUUUUGAUGUAGAAAAGUCAAUGAAUGUCGACUGUCGAGUCUUAUGAUUUUUACUUCUUCUUUUCCCCUCCUCCUUGAUUUGAUCUGAAUUCAGGCCUGAUACUUAAUUUUAAUUUUAUAAUUUUAUUAUGAAUAAAGACGUAUUUAUUAGGGGGAACAUAACUUCCCAACAUACCACAAGACCAGCUCACAAAUAAGUACUCAUCUUGACCAAUCACGAAAAAAUAUAAUAAAAAUCGAUUAUAUUGUAUCAAACACUGAAAAUGAAUAGAUAGAUAGUAGAUACAUAAACAUUAUACCUCCUUUCCUCUCAUACUAAUGCUUGCCCUAGCUGUACCUACCUAAUUCAAUCCACCAACCGUUUAAUUACCUACACCGAUGUAAUAAUUUAAAUUGAAUAAAAUUAUUCGUAAAUUAUUAUCAUUAAUAUGCAUAUUAAUAUAUUUAAAGAGCUCGUUAAUAUAUUUAUUUAACAGUA